AAAAGCGAAGCCGCAUUUUGGAGUUAGCUCGCCUCGCGUGUGCAUCAGAGGCAGCCAGCGAUCGUAAGGACUCCUGCAGCAGCAAGCCGCAGCAGCCAGCAACGUAAGCACUGCAGUAGCAGUAGUCGUAAGCACUCCUCAGCAGCCACACCAUGGACGCCCUCGUCAAGCAGUGCGAGGCCGCCGGCGAAGCGGUCAAGACGGCCAAGGGCGGCGGCGACAAGGCGGUCAUCGCCGAGGCGGUGGCUAAACUAGUGGCCAUCAAGGAACAGAUCACCAAACUGGACCCGGCGCACCCGAUGGCGAUAGUGGACAAGAAAGCGGCAAAAAAGAAGGCCAAGGCCGCCGCCGCCGCGGCCAAGCCCGCGGAGAAGCCCGCGGAGGGCGGCGGCGACAAGCCCAUGUCCAAGAACGCCCAGAAAGCAGCAGCUAAAAAAGCUCUGAAAGACGCGAAGAAGAAGCAACACAAGGAGGGCGGCGCCGGGGCACCACCGACGGCCGCCGCGGCCGCCGCGCCGACGAAGGGCUUCGCGCUGCGGCCCGGCGCCUCGGCGGCCGCCCGCGCGAAGGUCGCGGCCGUCGCCAAGGCCUGCAAGGUCACCGUGGCGAAGGGUGCGGCGGCCGCCUACGCGCCGCAACCCAGCGACGGCUGCGUCUUAGAUACGCCGGACGGGCCCGUCGGCGGCGCAGCGAACGCGUGCCGGCUCCUCGCGUUCGCGUCGGCGGCGUUUUCUGCCGACACGCCGGCCGCGGACGGCUGGUGCGACUGGUCCGGCCGCGCCGACGCCGAGGCCCAGGCUGCCAGUGUGCUGGACGAGGUCGGUAAGGCGCUCGCGAAGAACGAUCCAGGGUUAGCAAAAGGCACUCUAGCGAGGAUCCUCGUCGCGUGCGACUGCAAGGUCGCCCUCAAGUCGGCCAAGGGCUCGCCCGCCGUGACGGCGCUGGCCAACGAGGUCGCCGGCGAGGAGAAGCCCUGGAGUCCCGCGCAAGAUGAGUCGACGCUGGAGUUCGUCACGCGUUUGUUCGCCGAGGCCAUCAAGCGCGCCGCGCCCUCCCUGAAAGAUCAGGACCCCGUCGUCCAGCGCUGCGCCAUCGCGUCGUUCGGGGAUUUUCAGUGCAACGCGCCCAUGGGCAUUUUUAAAGCGUUGAAAGGGCAGGGCGACACGUCCUACAACUCGCCGCGCGCCGUCGGCGCGGCCAUUGCUGAUAACCUCCCUCCGAACAGUGUCCUGGUGUCGGCCUCGGUCGCGCCGGCGGGCUUCGUGAAUGCGAAAAUAGACAACGCACUCCUCGGAGACUUCUGCCGUGAAGUAGCCCAAAAGGGCAAGGCGCCGCCGCCGCCGAUCAAGGCCUUCGGCGGCAAGCGCAAGGUUUUAGUGGACUUCUCGUCGCCGAACAUCGCCAAGGAGAUGCACGUCGGCCAUUUACGCAGUACCAUUAUCGGAGAUACGAUCUGUCGCGUCCUCGAGUACUGCGGCCACGACGUGCACCGAAUUAAUCAUGUCGGCGACUGGGGCACGCAGUUCGGGAUGCUCAUCUCCCACAUGGAGGAGGCCUACCCCGACUUUACGUCGAAUCCUCCCAACAUCACGGAUUUAACGGUGUUCUACAAGAACGCGAAGAAAAGAUUUGACGACGACGAAGCGUUCAAGAAGAAGUCGCGGGAAACGGUCGUCGCUUUACAAGCAGGGGAUCCUCGUUGCAGAGAAAUCUGGGCCUUGCUCUGUGACAUUUCUCGCAAAGAAUUUGCGAGGGUCUACAAACGACUCGGUGUGACGCUCGAAGAGGUCGGCGAGAGCCACUACAACUCGAUGAUCCCGAACGCGAUCUCGCUCCUGGAGAAGGCGGGGUUAACGACGGACUCCGACGGGGCUACGACGGUCUUCCUCGAGGGCCACUCCUUUCCUUUGAUCGUGAAGAAGUCGGACGGUGGUUUUGGUUAUGAUUCGACGGACAUCGCGGCGAUCCACCACCGCCUCAAAACGCUCGGCGUGGACUGGGUCGUCUACGUCACGGACUUGGGCCAGGCCGAGCACUUCCACAUGUGCUUCGAGGCCGCGGAAAAGGCCGGCUGGACAUCUAGUGAAGGUAGAUUGUGCCACGUGGGCUUUGGCGUCGUGCAGGGAGAGGACGGCAAGCGUUUCAAAACUAGGUCCGGCGAGACCGUUAGGCUCGUGGACUUGUUGGAUGAGUCCGUGACGCGCAUGGAGAAGUCGCUGAAGGAUCGCGUGGCCGAGGGCAAGUGCGCUUUGUCUCCCGACGAGGUCAAGUCCGCCGCCGAGAAGAUUGGGUAUGGUGCGGUCAAGUACGCCGACCUCCACCAGCACCCGGCGACGAACUACAAGUUUUCGUAUGAUAAGAUGCUGAGUACGUCGGGCAACACCGCCGUGUAUUUGUUAUUCGCGCACGCUCGGUUAGCCUCGAUCGUGCGGAAGGCCUCCGCGAAGGGUGUGGAUGCGAAGAAAGCGGCUUCCAACAAGAUGGACCUGUGCGCGCACCCGAAAGAGCGAGCCCUGGCUUUUGAAUUGACGCAGUUUUCCGGAGUGGUCGCGUCGGUGGCGGAGGAGUUCCUUCCCGUGAGGGUGUGCGACUACCUGUACAAGGUCUCCUGUAAAUUCACGGAGUUCGUCACGGAGUGCAAGGUCCUGGACGACGCGCGCAUGGCGGAGCGCGUCGUGCUCUGCGAGGCGACCGGCGUCGUCAUGCGCGCGUGCUUCGAUUUGCUGGGCAUCGAGUACCUCAUGCAGAUUUAAGUUGAUUGGUAGUUAUUUGUGUGGCUCUUC